GUGGUCGUAUUGUGCGUUGGGUGUUUGUGUGUGACGCUCCGAUCAGAACGCAAACAAGGAGGUUUACAAACUCGCGUGGUACGCUUUCAAGACACGCUGUGCUGUUCGCGCAUGCGGUGCGUCUCUACGGACACCUUGGAUAUUACUACUCUGGAUACCUGACAUGACACUGCGAGAAAAUAUGUCUUAACCGGGAGCACGUUGCGUGGCGUGGCACUAACCACUGGCGCAUGCUGCCUGUCCCAUUAUGCCAGGUGUGGUGUCCUCGCACGCUCUGAGCGCCUCCUCGCCGCCAUGUCCUCGCACCGCGACGAGGCCGUCUACCACCAGUGGUACAAUGACCCACGUACGGUGCGCAAGAUGAUGAACGAGCUGGUGGUGUCUCCGACGGCCGGCCGCUGUCCUACGUGCCAGGUGCCCUUCGACAAGGGAAAGCGACGCCGCAUCACCGAGGACUGCGGCCAUGAGCGCUGCUACUACUGCAUGCUCAACUCCGACGGGCCAGGAUGCCCCAUCUGCGCUGCCGAAGCCACGAAACCUCCUAGCAACCAGUCCAGGCCUCGCAUGAAGACCAAUGGACACUUCACCACGUUCAUGCAAACCCGCAACCCUCAUACAAGAGGUUCUCCGGUGUCAGGCAUGGCCAGUCCGAAGAUUAGCCAUAUUUCCUGGAAAGACCGGCAGAUGACAAGGCCUUCCACUGUUAGCGUAGACACCCACAACGCCUUGUCAGACUUGGCCAAGGUCCAGCACUGGCCAAUGAAUAUGGUCAGAAAAAUAAAAUCUCUAUGGACCAUAGAUGACGAGUUUUUGCAGCCCAUCUACCACCAGCCGUAUCAGCACCAUCGGCCACCUCCUCCUCCCCCUGUUGUACCCCAUCCUCCGCCGCUGGGAGGCUCACAGCAGCAGCGGCAUGCAUCCGAGCACCUGUACACUCGACUCGGACUCCUCCUGGGCGAGGGCAGCAACCACAGCCAGGGGUCAUUUGCCAGUGUCUCUUCGCUCGCCAACAGCGACAUUAACAUAGCUGGUUCUAACAACACCAGUCCCAUCUCUACACUGACGGGAUCAUCAGAGGCAGAAGCCAUGAGCAUACUACGUAGCUCGAGCAGAGAAGAGAGCUCAGACAGCGUUGCAUCGCUCAUGAGUACCAGCUCGUCACCAUCACCUUCACGCAAAGAACCUUUCCAGCAGAGGAAUAAUAGUGUGCCCAACAACAGGAGGGGCACACCACUUAAUUGCUCAAACAAACGCCAAGCCUUUGGUCACGCGAGAUGGGAGCAGCUGCACUACAAGAUCUCACUUCAGCCAGCAUUGAAGCCGUUGUUCUUUGAAGUUCCCCAAGCAGAUCGGGAUCCACCGUUUGUUGGGAGGCAGUGGCUCUUCGACGAAAUUGAGAGUUGCAAAAAGGAUAACAACAAAGGUGUGGUCAUUGUUGGGUGUCCCGGAUCGGGCAAAACUGCUGCCAUACUGCAGUUAGUUGACUACAGCACCUUUGGUCGCAAGAAGGAAGAAGUCACCUAUGGCACUGCCGGUGUGCGCCACUGCGAACCGGAGCGUCACGGUACGUUGGGCGGCAGCAGUGUCGGGAGCGGCUCGGCUUCGUCGAUUUACCAGCCGCGUCUGAGUGCCAAGCAGGACGGUGCACGUUGCCUAGGAGGCCACCUAGUUGCCUACCACUUCUGCCAGGCGGACAACAACGUCACCUGCCUGGUGUCGGAGUUUGUGCACAGCGUGGCCGCCCAGCUCUGCCAGGCUCCCCAGCUGGUGGCAUACCGUGACUUGCUGCUCCGAGACCAAAGACUUCAAGAUGUACUCAGCCUGUCUUCAUGCCAGACGGACCCUCACGAAGCCCUGGUGAAAGGCAUCUUGGAACCGUUAAGCUCCCUGAGGCAGGCAGGUCGAAUCCCAAACACCCAAUGCUUUAUUGUUGUGGAUGCACUCAAUGAAGCUGAACUGCAUCGGCCCGACUAUGGAGACACCAUUGCCUCUUUUCUGGCCAGGCAUAUACUCAAGUUCCCUGCAUGGCUCAAGCUGAUAGUUACUGUACGGACAGCAUUCCAGGGAGUCAGCCAAAUGCUGCCAUUUCACCAGAUCUCUUUAGAUAGGGUGUCUUGCAACGAGAACCUAAUGCGAGACAUUGUGGGCUAUGUGCUCUUUCGAAUCGAGUCCAGUCCCUCAGCACGGGCCAACAUCACAGUCAACAAUGGGAAGCAAGAUGGCUCAACACAUGCAAGGUUUGCCAAUCAUCUGGCCAACUUAAGCAGGGGUUGCUUCCUAUAUGCCAAACUGACCAUGGACCUCAUCGAGCGUGGUCACCUGGUGGUCAAGAGCAGCAGCUAUAAAGUCCUGCCUGUCAGCCUCAGUGAAGUGUACCUGCUGAACUUCAACCUGAAGUUCACAACAACCAGAGCAUUUGAAAGGGUGCAAAAUCUCCUGCAGGUUUGCAUGGCAUCACUGUAUCCUCUGCGUCCACACGAGCUAUAUCACAGUGUGAAUGCAAGCGCUACGUACGAGCCCAUGACGUGGGCGGAUUUCCAGCAGCGUUUGACAACACUGACCAGUGCUCAGUUCAUCAUACAGCGUAAUGAUGACUCACUUAUGCUGGCCCAUCCUUCUCUACGAGAGUGGCUCAUUCGUCGAGAUGAGAAUGACAGCACUAAAUUCCUCUGCGAUAUCAGAGCGGGGCACGCAUCAAUUGCACUGCGCAUGUCGCGCAUUGAAGCACCACUUGACCCAAGCCAGCUACUGGAGCUGGGCCAUCACAUUCUCAAGGCACACAUUUACAAGAACGUUUCCCGUGGCCUUCCCCCGUCGUGCACUCCUCGGGACUUGCAAGCACUGUGGGUCUUCCAAAGUGCUGGAAGCGUCUCCUCUGCACUGGUGGCUCCUGCAAACCUGUACAGCCCGAAUGUCAAAGUGAGCCGUCUGCUGCUGCUGGCUCAGGCUGAUCCCAAUGCACGAACCCACUGGCUGAACCGAGCCCCUCUGUUGGUGAUGUCUGCCUACGAGGGAUUCACGGAUAUGGUGACUUCACUGGUGGAGUUUGGAGCUGAUGUCAAUGCUAGCUCCGAUGUAGGGCGCACUGCUCUCAGCAUGGCCUGCCAGCGAGGGCACUUUGAGAUCGCCAAGUACCUCCUCUCAUGCGGAGCAAGGAUUGACCAUGUGGACAACGAGGGCCUUUCAGCACUGGCACAUGCAGCUAGCUCAGGCCACUUAGACUUGGUGACACACCUGGUGCAAUGCAAGUGGCCAGAUGAUUUCGGCAUGGCGCUGGGUCUUCACAGGGCAGCACAGCAGGCUUUAAUCACAGCUGCAAAGUCUGGACACAUUGAGGUGUGUGAGUUCCUGCUGAACAUGAUGGAGGUACAGGUGAACAAGCAGGACGAUUUCAGUGGCCACACAGCAUUGACGGCAGCAAGCCUGGCAGGGCAUCGAGACGUCUGUGCGCUGCUCAUGCGACGCGGCGCCUCGGCACUUGUGCGCUCCAAUGCCGGAGAGCCACCCUUGUGCUGUGCUGUGCGUGAAGGCCACUGGGCAGUUACUGAGCUUCUGCUGUGCCACGCACGUGCUCUGGAGCAGACCGAUGCACUGGGACGCUCGCCACUUGUGCUGGCUGCUGCUGAGGGACAUGUCGGAGUGCUGGAGCUGCUGCUCUCCAAGGGUGCCGAUUUGUUAUGGCAAGACAAGGAUGGCCUAUCUGCAUUGAGCUGGUCCUGCAGUCGGGGUCAAGUUCAAGCAGCUCAGUGCCUCCUCACCCACGGUGCUGAUAUCAACCACAGUGACAAAAAAGGCCGGACGCCACUGGACAUGGCUGCCACCCAAGGAAAUGCAGAGAUGAUAAAGCUGCUCCUAAAUAACGGUGCUGAAAUUGAACACGUGGAUCUGAAAGGUACCAGAGCUCUUGAUCGGGCAAUCGGCACCGGAAACCUUGAUGCCAUCAACUGCUUUCUACAAGCAGGGGCCAAGAUAGGAUCACAAACAUGGGAAAUGGCAGCUGAUAAACCUGACGUUGUGCACCUUCUGUUGAAUAAGCUCCAUCAAGAUGGAGCUCUUUUAUACAGAAAAGGCCACAUGAAGGAGGCUGUCCAUCGGUACCAGUAUGCCCUGAAGAAGUUUCCUGCAUCUGUUGUCGAAGACGCAGACAGUGGAAGCAUAUUUUUCCAGCUGAAGCACCAGUUGCUGCUCGGACUUGCCAAGUGCAAGAGGAAAUUGAAUGAACCUGAUGCAGCUAUCUCAGCUGCAACUCAAGCCAUCGAGCUUCGACCAAAGAGCUUUGAAGGCCACUUCAUUCGAGCUAAAGCAUUCAAGGACAAAGGGUGCCAAGCUGAGGCGCAAGCAAACAUUGAAGAAGCUCUCAAACUGGCCCCCAUUUCAAACAUUGAGCAGCGACGAACACUAAUGAAAGUGCAGGAGGAAAUCAGAGCGGGAGAUCUUGACUUCGUUUGCACUCAGUACAUGUCAACAAGAAGCUCUCUGGACAACGAGUCACACUGCACAGACAGCAUGGACCAGGUUUGCAGCAUCUCAGUGGACAGCAGACUCAGCUUGGCAUCAGUGCAUCUUUGAGCACAGUCUGUAGGGACGAGAACUCCUGUCUGUCUGAAGAUGGCAUUUGGAAAGUGCAUCUCUCCACACACUUCCCCCGUUCUUGCCCUGGUCAAGAACCUUCCUGUUGUAGUUUACUGUGACCUCUUUCUGUCUUGGUAGGUUCCUGUUCACACAAGUGCAUGCAGCACAGAAAAGGAAGACUAAGUAUUUAUUACUUUAUUGUGCGUCUUACGUCUUUGUACAUAACAGCCCGACUUCUCUGUAUUUAUGCGAGCAACACUCAUGGAAAAGAAGAAACACACUGAUAUCGUAAGGUGGCAUUACCACGUGACAGAACCAGGAUAGACGUCACUUGUUAGCACUGUUGGGGACGUAUUUCCAGUUCCAAGUGUCUGUGUUGAGUGGUCGCUGGCUGGCUAUUGAUCUACUACACAUUUCAAAAUGAAAUACCACAGUUGGCAUGCAUUGCACAGGCACUAUUAGGAAGUGCCCACAUGCAAGAAACCCAAUCUGUGCUUGGGUAUUGUGUGUGCAAUGAUUUUUUUUUCAAACACAUGAGCUUAUUAUACAAACAUGCGGACGCUGCAUUACAAAGCUGUUUAUGAGUAUUCUUUUUGUGAUGUGACCACUCACGGAAAGUCGUAGCAAGCACGAACUUUGCGGGCAUAUUACAGUCAACACAGGUGCAAAAAAAAAAAAAAUUAAAUGGGCUUCUCACACGUUGGCACCGAUGACUUACAAAGGUGUUGUUUGUGACAUGCGAAUAUUGUCUCUGUGAGGCAAGCAGAUGGCAUUUGACAUAGCAGCUUUGGUAAUAGUAGUAACAUGCCACAAGAUUCAUACUUGCAAAGUGCAUAGUGGUACGUACCAAGUGGUAGGCUAUGACAGUGUGGUUCUUGUAGAUGCAUGGCUUUUAAGGCUGCUACAGUCUUCUACCUUGCUGUUUUUGCAUUUGGUUGUUGUAAGGAUGAAGAAUUUACAUAGAACCACCAAAAGCGCUGCAGUACGAAAGACUCCUGAUACUAAUCGAGAAUGAUCAUUGCACACAAUUUAUGUCCUUAAUUGAUGUAUUAUGCAACUGUCUCUUUUGCGUGCCAUUGUUAAUAUAUCUGCAUGUAUAGUUUAGGGACAAACACGUGGUAUGAUGCAAUGCGGGCUUUUGGACUUUAUUGAAUGCACAUCCACGGCAGAAUGAAACGUUAAGAAAUAGUAAAAUAAAAUAUGCCACCUAAUACUUGCAUGUACGAGCUGUUUUAUUCAUCAAAUGACUUAAGCUUACCUUGAGACAUUCAAUGGCUGUAAUAAGAAAGGUCCUGAAUCUUUAGGCUAUCAUGAUUAAGAGCAGUCUAUGUUCAUUACAAGAGAGAACUCUUGCAACACUAAGGGUAGACUCUGGACAUAAUGUUAAUCUAAAAGAAGCUGAUUGCUCCUUUACUAAGAAGUGUCACACAUUCAAAGUAUUAUGUUAUUAUGAGUUUUCUCUUGGACUGACUUAGGUUAGCAAAAACAAAACCCGGCAUGUCUGAUUUGUUCUGUUUGUGUGAGUUAUAUGAAACCCUGCAAUUUAUAAUCCACAAGCCAUUAAUAAAGUUUUUGGUACUUGUUA